AUGGAGGAGCCUGGCUUUGAGCCUUUGGACUUCAGCGACCUGCAGCAGCUGCUCGAAGCCCAGGCUGAGGGCGGUGCCCAGGACCCUGUGGCCGCGGCACUGGAGCUGGGGGUCGCUGAGACGAAGAAGGUGGCGACCAACAUCGAUAGCCAGCUCAUGCUCUUGGAGGAAGAGAGCGUGGACGACUACGUCGCCAGCUUCGAUUUCUUCCAGGACCUACAUCAGGAAAUCCAGGCCACAGACUCCGUGCUGGAGAAGAUGGAGAGGAUGCUGGGCACGUUCCAGUCGGACCUCUCCGGCAUCUCCGAGGAGAUCCGUAUGCUUCAGGGCUCCUCACUGCAGAUGAACCUCAAGCUGCAGAACCGCCGGGCCCUGCAGUCGCUGAUGUCUGACUACGUGAGUUCCGUGGUGGUCAGCCCUCAGCUGGUGCGGCAGAUUUGCGAGGAGGAGAUCAAUGAGGCCUAUCUUGGCUAUCUCUCCGAGCUCAACAAGAAGCUAGAUCACGUGAAGCAGCAAGAGAUGCAGCGGCUGCCCUCGUGUGCCCAGUCAGCCCCGGAGUUGGAAAAACUCCGUACAAAGGCCGUGGCGCGCAUCAAAGACUUCCUGCUGCAGAAGGUGAACUCCUUGAAGAAGCCCAAGCGCGGGCCUCGGGUCGAGUAA